AUGAAGGAACCAAAUCCACCCGAAACGCUUCAAAGUCUCCUCAAAUAUGAAUAUGAGCACAGGCCUGGUCAGGCGCAAAGGUUUCUCGCUCGCAUGGGAAAGAAUUUCAGAUGGCCCUCCUCCAUGCCAGAAUAUCUCAGAAGACAUUCCUUCAGAAUAAUCGCUGACAUUGAGUUCGAAUUUGAUGACGAAGUCGGGUUUAACUUCAUAUUUUUCUACAACGCACUCGAUAGAGGUGAAUUUACGGGACAUGAAAAUGAGUGGGUGACGGUACACAACCAGAAGGUAGUAGAGUAUGGAGAGGAGUAUAGCAAUGAUCAAUUGAACUACGUUCUCGAAACUAUGCCUGGUGCCAUCCAAUACCCAGUUGAUCAGACACAUCUGCCACUACGUAGUAAGCCAGCGAAGAUGGUGAUUUCUCAGCGCGCUAAUAGUGGAGAUGAUUACAAGGAUACUUGGGAAGCAGGGAUGGAGUACAAACCUAAGAAGAGCUGGGGUUAUGGAGCACCUGUGGAACAAGUUUGUGCGUCUAUGAUGUUUGAGGUGUCUAUUGGGGAUGAUCAUAAUUGGAGCAAGUGGGUUCAAGCCAAAAUUUUACUCUGGGAAAAUGAUCCUGGUAAUCAAGUUGGAUAUGCCCUUGUUGGUAAUGAUGUUACGGAUAAAUUAGCGUAUGUUCAUGAACCAGGGAAUCCGUUAAAGUUUUUAGAUAUUGGAGAUGAGACCAGACUCACUACAUUUUUGAAUACCUGUCAUUAA